AUGAAUGAUGUUGAUCGUGAAGGUAGCUGGCAAAUGGAGAAUCACGUGGAAUUUCAAAUUUGCAAGCACUCACAUAUGGUCGAUUAUGAUUUCUUACCAAUAGUCAUCGAUAUUGACUCUUCCACAUGUGGUCAUGAAUUGUUCCCGAUCCAUCAGGGCCGUGCAUGGAGAGUAUCAGUAACCCUUCUGUUGGAAAAGCUCGAGUCAUACAUUGUUCUCUGGACAGUUGAAGAGAUUGCUAUCAGCGAUGUGUUACUUGACUAUAGAAUUGUUAUUUCUGAUUCAAAGCAUACUCGAUACUAA